GUCAAUCAUUGUUGGAGCCAAUUUUUCCUUUUUCAGCCUGAUUUUCAAUUUUCACUUGUUUCAGCGGCAUGUUCCGGCGGUCCAGCUGUAGCGGCCUGCUUGGGUGGACUAUGUGGUCAGGGGUUCUUCUGCACCACCAAUAACUUUUGCUGCCGUUGCCAAUCUGGAAAUUCAACAGGACCAUGUGUAAAUCAGCAAUGUCCUGUUGGUUACAUGUGCAACACCAAUAACUAUUGCUGCCCCCUCGGAUCCGGCGGAGUCUUGGGACCAUGCGUGAAUGGCGCCUGCCCGACGGGAUACACGUGUGGUGCUGGAAAUCUUUGCUAUCUGACAUCAGGAAAGUAG